AUGGGUGCAGACGCAAUCCAAACGAACGGUCAUGAUCCGGCCAAGUCAACCGGCGGUGAAGGGAUCCAACGGCUGAGAUGCGCCGUGAAGAACUACGAGUGGGGACGACUCGGACCGGACUCUCUGGUGGCGAGACUCCACGAGGCCAAUUCAGGGCAACGAGUUGACCCGGCGGUUCCUUUCGCCGAGUUGUGGAUGGGUACUCACGAGUCGGCACCGAGUCAAGUCGUGAAAGAAGAAGUCGGGUCGGGUCAUGACGGGUCCGAAUGCAUGGUUACAUUGAAAUCGUGGGUUACGGAUAAUCCGGAUUUAAUCGGGUCUAGAGUCGUGGACAAGUGGGGAUGUGAUCUUCCUUUCCUCUUCAAGGUUUUGUCUGUGACGAAAGCAUUGUCGAUUCAAGCGCAUCCAAACAAGGCCUUAGCAGAGAAACUGCAUAGAGAAGAUCCUGUUCUGUACAGAGAUGCUAAUCAUAAGCCUGAGAUUGCUCUCGCAAUUACUCCUUUUCAAGCACUUUGUGGUUUCGUAACUCUUAAGGAGCUGAAGGAGGUAAUCGCCAAUGUACCAGAGAUCACAGAGCUUGUAGGAAGCAAAGCUGCAGAUCAAAUCUUCAACGUAGACGAACACGAGGACACUGUUAAAUCCGUUGUCCGAUUGAUCUUCACGCAGCUGAUGUCUGCAAGUAUCAACGAGACAAAACAAGUCAUAUCUCAGAUGAAGAUUCGUCUGAUAUCAGAGAAACAACACCGUGAACUAUCGGAGAAGGAGAAGUUGGUUUUGGAACUAGAGAAACAGUAUCCAGGUGACGUAGGCGUGAUCUCAGCUUUCUUCUUGAACUACAUCAAGCUUAAUCCAGGAGAGGCUUUGUAUUUGGAUGCAAACGAGCCACACGCUUAUAUCUCCGGCGACUGUGUGGAAUGUAUGGCGGCUUCAGACAACGUCGUUAGAGCUGGUCUCACUCCGAAACACCGCGAUGUUCAAACCCUCUGCUCUAUGCUUACCUACAAAUUGGGUUAUCCGGAGAUUUUGAAAGGAUUUCCUUUGACACCAUACAUUACGAGAUAUCUUCCUCCAUUUGAUGAGUUUGAAGUGGACCAUUGUGAUCUUCCUAAAGGAAAAUACACGGUUUUUCCAGCAAUCCCGGGGCCUUCGGUUUAUAUGGUUAUCGAAGGAAAAGGGAAAUUGGAAACCGGUUCAUCUCAAUUGUUGGUUAACGGAGGAGAUAUUUUGUUUGUUCCGGCUCAUAUCGAGAUUCAUGUGACCGGAGAAAGUGAUGUGAUGAAGCUUUACAGAGCUGGAGUCAGCAGCAGAUUCUUCCAAACAUUGUAG